AUGCUCUGCUCCCAGGGCUCCUGCAACACAACGCCGAGUGUUCUCUUUAGGAAGACUCAGGAUGUUGCAGUAGGAGUCAUUCUUGAUGCCCGGUGCCAUGCGGAGUGCCUGACGUGUUCGGGGACUCCUGACCAAUGCCAAAGCUGCAGAGACCCGAAGGCUUUGCUCCAUCUGGGCCGCUGCCUGUCCGUCUGUCCGGCCGGAUUCUUCGCCGAAGGACGAGCGUGCGCAGCCUGCCAGCCGUCCUGCUCCACCUGCUCCACCCGGUGGGAUUGUGAUUCCUGCGGCUCCCUGCUGCCCCUGCUGAGCUCCGAUAGCGGACGCUGUUUGGCCUCCUGCCCCGCCGGCUCCUACCAACACGACCAGACCCGCUGCCAACGCUGCCACCCGUCGUGCUCCGCCUGCCGUGGACCGACUCAGCAGGACUGCAUCUCGUGUUCGGACCCGGCUGCCUUGCUCAAAGACGGCGUUUGCGUCCCUGACUGCGGCGCCGGUUUCUACAGCCAAGACGGCAUCUGUUACGCCUGCGAUUCGUCCUGCGCCUCCUGUUUCCCCGACAACCCCGAGUGCAUGAGCUGCCCGCCGGCCACCGCCUUGCAUCGUGGGAAGUGCGUCGGCCAGUGUCCGGCUCAGCACUACCAGGACGGCCACGACAGGUGCAGAGCCUGCCACAGCUCCUGUGCCUCCUGCUGGGGUCCGUCGGUGUCCCAGUGCAGCUCGUGUCCGGCCGGGCUGCUCCUCCACCAGGGCCAGUGUGUGGAGGCCUGUGGGGAGGGCCUGUACGCCCACGACAGCACCUGCCACAACUGUCAUCCCUCCUGCCGGUCCUGCGUCGGGCCGCUGGCCUCCGACUGCCUCCGAUGCCUCAAACCGGAGGAAGCCCUCCUCCGACAGUCCGGUCACCUUCAUCACGGCGUCUGCACGGCUGGAUGUCCCGCUCACAGCUUCCUGGAUGACAUGCAGACGUGCAGAG